GCCGGCGCCGGCCCCAGCCCGCGGGCUCAGGAGCGCGUCUGCCUCUGCCGGGUCCCUUGUGUCGUCUGCCCGUCGUGGUGCCCGUCCUACUGCUGUCCAGGCUCGCCCUGCCUGCGCAUGCACGGGGGGCGGCUAGGUGCCCCCUGGGGCUGUGUCUUCCCCCAGGGGCCCUGAGUGCUGGCUGCAGUGCCGCCCCCAUGAGCACACCUGGGAGUCCCCGCUCGCCGCGCUGAGCCGCCACCAAGGUCUGGAGCCGCUGGGCGCCAUGCGCUGGGCUUGGGCCGCCGCCAUGGCCCUCUGGCUGCAGGUCAUGCUCCUUGGGGGCGUCGGGGCGCAGCGGGAGCCCAAGAGGCCACGGCAGCCCAGCCAGCGCACUGAGCCCCCCACGGCCACCGCGUCCAACAGUGAGGGGCUGCUCCGCUCCCCCAAGCCACCUGAGGCCCUGGGGUCUGAGUUCUCAGACGCCCACAUGACAUGGCUGAACUUCGUCCGGCGGCCAGAUGAGGGGGCCUCGAAGACACGGUGCCGGGGCCGGGACAAGAAGUCGCGAGGCCUCUCUGGCCCCCCCGGGCCCCCCGGGCCUCCCGGACCCCCCGGACCCCCCGGUGCCGCAGUCACCCAGGAGGCCCUGCUUCAAGAGUUUCAGGAGAUGCUGAAAGAGGCCACCGAGCGCCGGUUCUUGGGGCUGCUGGGCCCGUUGCUGCCUGAGGGGACUGGUGGGCGGCUGGUGGCCGAGGCUUUCCACUGUGCACUGAAGGGCCCCAUGGUGGUGGACGAGAAGACGCUGGUGGAGCUGCAUGGCUUCCAGGCCCCCACGGCCCAGGGCGCCUUCCUGCGGGGGUCUGGCUUGAGCCUGGCCUCGGGCCGGUUCACAGCCCCGGUGACCGCCAUCUUCCAGUUUUCUGCCAGCCUGCAUGUGGACCACAGGGAGCUGCAGGGCAGGGUGCGGCCGCGGGCUCGGGACACAGUGCGGGUGCUCAUCUGCAUUGAGUCUCUGUGUCAUCGACACACGUCCCUGGAGGCCAUCUCGGGCCUGGAGAGCCGCGGCAGGGUCUUCACCGUGCAUGUGGAGGGGCUGCUGCAAUUGCAGGCGGGCGCCGUGGGUGGUGAUGCCCACUGUGGGGUGUCUGCAGGCUGGACAGUAUGCCUCCGUCUUUGUGGACAACGGCUCCGGGACCACCCUCACCAUCCAGAGUGGCUCCAGCUUCUCCGGCCUGCUCCUGGGCACCUGAGGGCCAGACAGGGGCCAAGAGCACCUGCUGGCCCUCACACACCCACUGUCCUCUGUUAAACCUGUGGUCACAGCAAUAAAGAGCUCUCA